GCAAAACGGGCACUAGAAGCGUGCGGCAACAACGUGGAAGCCGCGAUCAACAUGGCCUUCUCAAACCCCGAGGCAUUGUUGGCUUCGGCACAGCAGGUACAACAAAGCAAUGCUGCAUCAACCACAGCAAAGAGCUUGGCGAAAAGUACAAAGGAAACUGUGACCGACGGAGAUCCCAGUCGUUAUGAACUCAUUGCAUUCAUCAGCCACAUGGGAGAGUCCACCGCCGCAGGGCACUACGUGUGCCACAUAAAGCGAACCGCGCUCAGUAAGGGUAUUCCUGGCGUUGCUCCAGCUUGCACUCCAUCUCCAUGUCUUCCUGAUGGCGAAAAGGCGGACGAGUGGGUGAUCUUCAACGAUGAGAAAUUCCCGGAGGAUUCCUCCAUCAUGGUGUCACGAGAGGCUCGAUCCGCACUGAGUAAAGCAGCGAGUUCUUUCGUUCUCUGCGUCACCUCCAUGGCCAGUAUACACUGCGAGGCAGGCAAACGCAAGACCCUUGCGGCUUCUGAUGUCAUUGGCGCUCUGCGGGACAUGCAAUUUGGACACUUUGAGUCACCCCUACUUCAAUUCCUUGAAAGUAAGCUGGUUUUUACUUUUAUUUUACCCGUACAUCCUGAUCUGCCUACAUGUGAGCCUACUGAAAUGUUAUUUAAGUAG